GACUGCUGUACAAAUACAGCUGGUAUAUUUUUCACGUCUCACAAUGUACCCCCACCAUUUCUUCCCAUCGCUUAUGUAUCAAUGAGCUCGCGAUUCCAAAAACACCUUACAUCCAUUACCUUGCAAACCCCAGAAAGGCUGAAGAAAGGUUAUUUGGCAUGGUCUUGGACUCCUGUAUAUAUUGCGUAAGAGGAGGAGGCUUAGUUUCUUGUAUAUCAUCCUAAUUACAGAAUACAUACGAAGUACAUUCGCUUUCAUCUUUUGUUUCAUAUUUCCCUAUCGUCUAGUCGUUUACGCCUUCGAAGCAUAUUCAUCUGUUUAGUGGUCAGCUUACAUGGCGCGAUAAAACUCUGUACGGCACGGAUCCGUCAGCAGAUGCCGGCCUUCAAUUCGAGUCGAUAUCACUCCGUAGAACCUCUUCCGUCCCGGGGUGAACCCGCAAGAAAGAAUCGUGUACGCCGACAAUGGCUUUCUUGCGACAGACCUGGACCUUGACGGCCAAGAAUCUCAAGAUCGUCGUCCUCCGCCAUUCUCUUGCGACUCUCGUCAGAGCAUUCGUCCUUCCCAUUCUACUCGCAGCCUUCCUUACAUUUGCGCGAAACCUAUUUGUACCUCCGGCUGUGUAUGGAAUUGGCGACCCUCACGCUAUUAGGUCGCUACGAGAUGGACUUUCUGCGGCAGCCAGUACGGAACGAAAUACGGUAGCCUUCGUGAAUAAUGGCUUGGCGGGCGGCGAUAUCGAUCGCGUCAUCGAUACACUUUCAGAUACAGUAGUCGGCGCUGGGAAGAAUGCAUCGAAGUUGUCGCAAAUGUCCGAGUUGUCUUAUGCGUGCCGAAGCUCUCUACGUGGUGUCUCACCUUGCUAUGGCGCCGUUAUCUUCUACUCCUCUCCCCGCGAAGGAGAGGGAGGUAUAUGGAAUUAUACCUUAAGAGCAGACGGCGCAUUAGGCGCUAAGAUUGAUGCGACACGAGACGAUAAUGGCGGCCAGGUCUAUUCUCUACCGCUGCAACGAGCUGUUGAUGCCGCCAUUUCCGGUCUCUCCGAUGCCGUGGUCGGUACGGUUCGACUCCCGGAUACCACGGAAGAGUAUCCAUUCACCCCCGAAACUCAAGAGGAGCGAGCAGCAAGGAUUCGACGCAAUUACCAGUCGUCAUUGACAAAUUUCUUGGCCGUAUCUUUUUUCAUUGUCGUCAUCGGAGUUUGUUACCAUAUGACAGGUCAUAUGGCUACCGAGAGAGAGAUAGGCAUGUCUCAAUUGCUAGAUGCCAUGAUGCCUACCAAGUAUCGAUGGCAAGCCCAAGUCGCAAGACUACUGUCGUACCACAUUGCAUUCACCGUAGUAUACCUUCCAGGUUGGGUAAUUGGGUCGAUCAUCAUCGCGCGCGGAGUCUGGGCGAAUACAAGUGUCGCCAUCGUACUCAUCUACUUUAUCCUUACCGGACUUGCACUAGCAUCGCUUUCUAUCUUAGGCGCUGCGUUUUUCAAAAGAUCGCAACUAUCGGGUGUGGUGACGGUGAUAGCGUACAUUCUGCUAGCAAUCCUUGCUCAGACGCUGACAUCGCCUAGUACUGCUACAGUUACCGCUCUCAGUUUACUUUUCACGCCUUGCAACUUUGUUUGGUUUAUGACUUUUAUCGCAAGAUGGGAAAGGUAUUCAUUCCCGGCGGACCUAAUCCGUACACCACCAGAAAAUCCAUGGAACUUGCCCGGUAUUGUUUUCUGGGUAUUCCUAAUUCUUCAGAUUUUUAUCUACCCCGUCAUUGGCGCUUACUUAGAACGCGUUCUUCAUGGCACAACCACAAAGGGCCGUACAAUUCUUCAAGGCCAAACCUCCGACACGGCACCUCCCGAUGCUGUUCGUCUUGAACGAUUUACGAAGAUUUACUAUCCCAACCCCCUAAAUCGACUACUUCCUUUUAGUUCGACGCCAAAGGAACCUGUCGUAGCUGUAGACAAGUUAACACUCACCGCGAGAAGGGGGCAAAUCUUAGCUUUACUCGGCGCUAAUGGUAGCGGAAAGAGUACUACGCUGGAUUCAAUCGCUGGUAUAAGUAAAUUAACUAGUGGUGAUAUUACAAUUGACGGUACAGGCGGCUUAGGUAUCGCACCGCAGAAAAAUGUGUUAUGGGACGAAUUAACGGUCGAAGAGCACAUUAGAGUCUUCAAUAGACUGAAAUCCCCCAACAAUACGGCGUCUACGAAAGAGAUCCGCGAUUUAGUGGAAGCUGUAGAUCUUGGACCAAAGGUGAAGGCCAUGUCUAAAACUUUGUCCGGCGGCCAAAAAAGAAAGUUGCAGCUUGGAAUGAUGUUGACUGGUGGAAGCGCUGUCUGCUGUGUUGACGAAGUCUCUUCCGGAAUCGACCCGUUGUCUCGACGCAAAAUUUGGGAUAUUCUCUUAGCUGAACGUGGCAGGCGAACAAUCAUUCUCACAACUCACUUUCUUGACGAGGCCGAUCUUCUUGCGGAUCAUAUUGCCAUCCUCUCCAAGGGAACUCUUCGGGCUCAAGGAUCUUCUGUCGAACUUAAGGAUAGACUUGGUGCCGGUUAUCGGGUUCAUGUCUUCAACGCGAGAGAGAUCAAAAACCCUCCAGAAAUUGAGAACGUAACUCGUAAGAUAGGGUUCGACGUGAUCAGUUACAUUGCUCCAUCUUCUAGCCUUGCUGCAGAUGUAAUACGCUCUCUUGAAGCUGCAGGAAUCCACGACUAUAAGUUCUCCAAUCCGACGAUCGAGGAUGUUUUCCUUCAAGUGGCCGAAGAAGUCAGAGGGGAAAGUGGUGCCAAGUCGCCACAAACGUCAUCGUCUACCGAAGGUGGUAAUGACAAUCAAGCCAAUUCCGAGGAAAUCGGAGCUAGCGAACUUGAGAAGGACGGGCUAGAGCUACUAUCCGGGCAACCUAUUGGGUACAUGAGACAGAUCGUGGUGUUAUUCAUGAAGCGAUGCACUGUCUUCAAGACGAAUUGGUUUCCUUACGUUGCAGCCUUCCUGAUCCCGAUUAUAGCGGCGGCUCUAACAUCUCUCUACGUUACGGAUCAACACCCGGUUGGUUGCAAUCCGGCUAGUCAAAGCUCGGCCGACACAUCGGAUACUUCGAAUCUCUAUGACAAUCUAUUCUUAGUUGCUGGUCCGUCUUCACAAUUUAACAAUGCAACCAUUGAAAGACUUUUCGCUCCCACACUACGGGGUAUAAGCCCAAGCCAGAAUCAGAGCCAAGUUCAGGGCCUUACCGGAUCGAAUAAUGCAACACAAUCUGGAUAUGCAGCCGCAGCCGCGUUCCUCGAGAGUCUACAUCUUGUCAAUUCUCUAGACGAAUUUAAUACAUUCAUCGAACAGAGACGAAAAGAUGUUAAGCCUGCUGGGUGGUGGCUUGGAGAUACUAAUUCUCUACCUACUAUUGCAUACGAAGCAGAUGCUGGGGAUGUUUACACAUCGGUUUUCGGUCAGAAUGCCUUGGACAUCAUGUUAACCAAUACCAGUAUUGCCGCGAAUUAUGCACCCUUCGAUACUCCUUGGGCACCAUCGACUGGAGAUUCUCUUCAGUUGCUUAUCUACUUUUGUCUAGCUCUUUCCAUCUAUCCCGCUUUCUUCGGCCUCUACCCGAAUAUCGAGAGGCGACGGAACGUCCGUGGAUUGCAAUAUUCGAAUGGAGUCCGCUCUCUUCCGCUCUGGGUUUCUUAUACAGGAUUCGACUUUGCAAUCGUCCUCGUUUCCUCUGCGCUUGCCGUCGCCGCAUUCGCUGCGUCAUCCGAUGUUUGGUACCAUGUUGAUUAUCUAUUCCUCAUUUUCAUAUUAUAUGGAUUGGCAUCGAUCUUGUUCUCAUACGUCAUUUCCCUCUUUUGUGGUAACCAGUUGUCGACAUAUGCCUUUUCAGCAGCUGGCCAGGCAGUUGGAUUUCUGAUUUAUUUGAUUGCAUACUUAUGCGUUAUCACAUAUGCGCCAGUUCAGUCUAUCGACAGUUCUAUACUCGUCGCGCACUUUGUUAUUUCAGCAUUUAUACCCAUUGGUUCAGUUGUUCGAACUAUGUUCAUUACUCUCAAUCUAUUUUCUGUAACAUGCGACGGAGACCAGAUACAACCCAGACCAGGCGCGUUGACUGCCUAUGGAGGACCGAUUCUUUACUUGAUUAUACAGUCACUACUCCUGUUUGGAUUCUUAUUAUGGCACGAUAGCGGAUCAGGCAGUAGCCUUUUGAGCCGCUUUACCAAAAAACCCGCCCCUACCUCCGAUGAUCCAGCCGUUUCAGACGAAGAGGUAGCGAACGAACUUGUACGCGUAACAAGCACGCCACAAGAAAGCGACGGUCUUCGUGUAUUGCAUUUGACCAAGUCGUUCGGCAAAAACACUGCUGUCGAUAACGUUACCUUCGGCGUUCAGCACAGCGAAGUCUUCGCCCUAUUAGGACCCAAUGGUGCCGGCAAGUCCACAACCAUCUCUCUCAUCCGAGGCGACAUCCAACCUAGCCGGAACGGCGGCGACGUCCUCGUCGAAAACACAUCCGUCAACCGAAGACGCGCCGAGGCUCGCGCCCAUCUAGGCGUAUGUCCUCAAUUCGACGCCAUCGAUAACAUGACCGUGCUCGAACACCUGCGCUUCUACGCGCGCAUUCGUGGCAUCCCAGACAUUGAACACAAUGUGCGCGCCGUCCUCCGCGCCGUCGGCCUCGAAGCCUUCUCAACCCGUAUGGCGCACGCGCUCUCGGGCGGCAACAAGCGCAAACUUAGUCUCGGUAUCGCACUAAUGGGAAACCCCAGCGUCGUCCUCCUCGACGAACCGUCUUCGGGUCUCGACGCUGCCGCAAAGCGCAUCAUGUGGCGUACCCUACACUCCAUCGUCCCUGGACGCUCGAUCCUGCUCACGACGCACAGCAUGGAGGAAGCGGACGCGCUAGCGAACCGCGCCGGUAUCAUCGCGAAAAGAAUGCUCGCGAUGGGGAGUACGGAGAAUCUAAGGCAGAGAUUCGGCGAUGCGUUGCAUGUGCAUUUGGUCAGCAAGACGGCGCCGCAUUCGACGACGGAGGAGAUGGGCAGGAUUCGGGAGUGGGUUUUAAGCAGGUGGCCUGAUGCGGAGGUGGAGGCGAAGACGUAUCAUGGACAGAUGCGGUUUUCGGUGCCUGCUGCUGCUGUAGUUGGACAUGAAGAUGCGGAUGAUAGUGGGAAUGAGGAGAGUGGUGGGAGGAGCGGGAGCGCGGUUGGUCAGCUUAUCGUUAUCCUAGAGGAGCACAAAGAGGAGCUGGGGAUUGAGCAUUACUCGUGCACGCCGACGACGUUGGAUCAGGUGUUCUUGACGAUUGUAGGGAAGCAUAAUGUUCAGGAGGAGGGGUAUAACGAGAAGAAGAAGAGUUGGUGGAGUUGGAGGUAGGGGUUGAAGUGAAGUGUGGCGCAUAUAAACAGCAUUGAAGAUAUAAAGGCAUUUGGUCACUAACUAUUAUAUCAUAUUGCAUAGGAUGGGGUAAGGGGGGUAGGUUAUAGAGCAUACGAUAGAGCUAGUCUACUAGGGCUAGGUUUACCUGUACCAUAGGGUGUGAUACCUUGUACUAUUAUAUUACAAUACUUUGAUUGAA